AUGGGUUCACCGGAUUUCCGGCGGCCAGGUAUGCAUGCCCGCCAGAUCUCUAGCAGCAGCUUUGCCGAAGCCUUUGAUGUUGCCCGGAGCAAGCUGGACGAGCUAGUCUUGCAGCAAGAAGACCCGGUAUCAUCGCCGUCGCCCUCGGAGGAGGACUUUGAUAUUUCCGAUGGCCUCUAUUCGUCUCCCACUAGCGUUGCUAGCACGGUGUCGACCCCCUUGUCGCCCGUGUCGACGCCUCUCUCCCCCAUGCUUGACCCGGAUGUGGCCGACGACUUUGCUUUCGCCUUUGACAUUGAUGGGGUGCUCAUCCGCGGCGGAAGGCCGAUUCCAGAAGCCAUCGAGGCCAUGAAAGUGCUCAAUGGAGAGAAUGAGUUUGGUAUCAAGGUCCCGUACAUUUUCCUCACCAACGGCGGCGGAAAGUUUGAGACGGAGCGGUGCAGGGAUCUCUCCCGGCAGCUCGAGAUUGAGGUGUCGCCGGGCCAGUUCAUCUGCGGGCACACGCCCAUGCGGGAAUUUGCCGACCGCUACGGCACCGUGCUCGUGGUCGGGGGCGAGGGCGAGACAUGCCGUGACGUGGCCGAGAGCUACGGCUUCCGCGACGUCAUCACGCCCGGCGACAUCCUCAAGGCCAACGCCCAUACGGCGCCGUUCCGCAAGCUGACCGACUCGGAGCACAAAAACUCGCGCGACCUGCUGGCGCACGGCGUCAAGAUGAGCGACAUUGUGGUCGAGGCCAUCUUUGUGUUUGCCGACAGCCGCGACUGGGCGUCGGAUCUCCAGAUCAUCCUCGACAUCGCCCAGAGUAAAGGCGGCCGCCUCGAGACGCGGUCCGAGACCUUUGACGAGGGCCCGCCCAUCUACUUUAGCCACAACGACAUGCUGUGGUCCUCGGCUCACGAGCACGCGCGUCUGGGCAUGGGGGCGCUGCGGCGCAUCGUCGAGACGGUCUUUGAAGACACGUCGGGCGGGCGCAAGCUGUACACGCACGUGUUCGGUAAGCCGCAGGUGUCGACGUUCGAGUUCGCGACGCGCCUGCUGGGCCAGUGGCGCACGGCGCAGCACGGGCUCGCGGAAGGCGGCGAGCCGCCCGCCACCGUCUAUUUUGUCGGCGACACGCCCGAGUCGGACAUCCGCGGCACCAACGCCAUGGACGCCAAGAGUGCCAACGAGUGGUACAGCAUCCUCGUCAAGACGGGCGUCUACCAGGCCGGCACCGAGCCCAGCUACAAGCCCCGCCGCCUUGUCGACACAGUUCUCGACGCUGUUAAUCACGGCAUCCGCCGCGAGAUGGCCAGGCUCGGCUCCCGCAAGAGCACCGGUGGCCGCCUUCUCCCGCUCGACGACGCCGCGCUCAGGGCCCUCGCCGAGGGGCGCACGCCAAACUUUGUGUCCAAGGCCGGGCCGUUCUCAGAACCAUAG